AUGGAAGCGACUCCACCAUGGCUACGAGACGCUCUUCGCUUCGCCUUGACCGCCACCGCCGACACCCCGCCGCCCUGGCUGCAGCAUGAUGGAUCCGAUAGAAUCUCCACAGCCGCCGACGGAGGCAAGCUUCUGGAUCCGGACGAUCCUGGAAAGGACCCGCGCUUCAAGAAACUCGUCGAAGCCAUCCUGUGGGGUCGCGGGUUCCUGCAGACAUACAACCUCGUUCUGCUAGGUGUGUUGCUGGUCUUCACACUAUGGCACUGGAGCGAAAAGCUGGUGUUGCACCGCCGGCGGGCAGCCGCCUCGAGGACAGCCAAGGACGAACCCGCCAGCACCGACGAUCGAGAGGCCUGGAGCAGCUCAAGCAGCACGGUAGCAGGCAGCGUGACACCACCCGACAGCACCGCCGUGACAAAAUCAAACACCAUUGAUGAGUCCACGCCCCUGCUUCGGUCGCGGAAGCCACAGCACAAGAGCGUCGGGCCAUGGCGGCCCUAUUACCUGCUCAAAGCCGCCCUCCAGUACCAGCCGCGCCCUAUUCCCGUCGUCAACAAAACCCUUCCCACCAACGCUACCUCGCUUCUUGUUCUCGCAUGGGUCGGCCUCAUCAUCUUCUACAACUUCUACUGCAUGCCCAUAUCCUUCAAUUACCUCUUUGUGUUUGCCGACCGCUGUGGCCUCGUCUUUAUCGUAAACCUGCCUCUGCUCUACCUUUUGGCUGCCAAGAACCAGCCUAUAAAGUUCUUGACGGGCUAUUCGUACGAGAGCCUGAACAUCUUCCACAGAAGAGUCGGAGAGGUCAUGUGUCUGGAGGCUUUUCUCCAUUUCCUGGGCAUGGUUUCUGUAUGGUACGGGCUGCUGAGGCACCUGGGCUUUACACUUGUCAAGUUCAUCUUCAACCGCGUGGUCCUGCUAGGCCUGGCCGCCUUUAUCGCAUACGAGCUGAUCUAUUUCACGAGCCUCGGCAGCUUCCGGCAAAGGUGGUACGAGAUUUUCCUCGGACUGCACAUUGUACUUCAAGUCGCCGGACUAGUCUUCUUGUUUUUCCACCACAAGUCAUCGAGGCCGUACGUUGGCAUAUCCCUCGCCAUCUUCCUUAUUGAUCGGCUCGUGUAUCGGUUGUGGCUGAAAUCGAGCACACAUCCUGCAACCCUCGCCAUCCUUGAAGACGAAGAGACAGUCCUCAUCUCUGCGAACUGGGAGGUCUCUCCCCAAAAAUCUGCGCUGGUACCAAAGAACAUGACGCAUGGCUGGAAUCCCAACGAACACAUCUUCCUGUCGGUACCCGCCUUGUCCCGCAAAGACCCUAUACAAUCACAUCCAUUCACCAUAUUCUCCGCCGCCCCAACAAUAACCAGAGACAAUGACCAAGCAAAACACGCAUGGUUCACACUCCUUAUCCGCGCCCAAUCUACAUCAGGCUUCUCUCACAGGCUCCUCUCAUACGCUCGCACCACUUCCCAAACUCGCAUUCGCCUCGACGGCCCUUAUGGCUCCUCUCAUGCUCUCGACAUGCUCUCGGCCUCGUCGACUGCCAUCCUCAUUGCAGGCGGCUCUGGAAUCGCAGUCGCGUACCCACUUCUCUACUCCCUCCUCUCUCCCUCGUCUUCCCCUCCCACCGACUCUGAAACCGCGUCUUCUCGCAUCAAGAGAAAGGUCAAACUCCUCUGGAUAACGCACGCACCUGAGCACCGUCUCUGGAUCCCAGACGACAAGCUCGAGGAACUCAAGGAAUGGGGCUUGGACGUACUUGUUCCCCCGCCUACAAGCCUCGCCGGACGCCCGCAUGUCGGCCUUAUUGUUGGCGAGUGGGUUGAGCAAGAGAUUGGUAAGAGCGGAGGUAGAGCAGGUGUCGUGGUUAGUGGGCCUGAUGGCUUGGUAAGAGAUGUACGGAAUGCGUGUGCAAGGUUGAUCAGUGGGGGGAAGGAUGUUGAUGUUCAGGUUGAGACGUUUGGAUGGUGAAAUUGCGUAGCGUCAUAUACAGAUUUCCUUUGUGUUGACAAUAUUUUGGGCAACACGGCGCGCCGUUGGAUACUUCUCUCUACAGUUAGGCUUGUUGUCAGCUCUUCCAGUCCAGAAUUCGAGCGUGCGAGUUGCAGUAGCGUUUGCCAAUAUGUGCAAGAAUGAAUAUAAG